UCCCCGGAUGUGCUAUUGAAUUUCCUGCGCAGGCAGUGCGUUGGCCACGCCUGCUCAGCGGGGACGGGGUCUUUGCAGCUUGGACAGUUUGAACGGUUAGCGGUUGCUGAGAGAAGUGUCGUUGGAUUAACGUCUCGGCGAGUGGAAUGUGGCUCAGAUAAAGACAGCAUGGAUUCUAUUUUGAUGAGAUUGAAGCAACUUACCCCUGCUGAACUCAGACAAGAAAUUCUCAAUGCUGGAUUGAACUAUGGACCCAUAACUUUGACCACCCGUUCCAUUUUUGAAAAGAAGCUAGCCCAGGCUUUGUUGGAGCACCAGGGAGGAGGAGAAUCACUUAAACUGCCUGAAUUGACUAAUUAUUCAGCCAAGCCUGAUGAUGACAAAAGUUUGUGUAGCCAUUCCUCACAUGUGUCUGCCUACAGUUCUGCAUAUUCUGACCAGUCCCAUCCAUCAAGAGUUGUUAGUGCCAACAACGAUGGACAUUUUGGAUGUGAUGUGGGACCGAAUCCUCCAGAUGAGGCAUCAUUAUCAAAAGAUGUAGAUGUGAGUGAUUUACAGAAUAGUGCUGAACAGAUGUUGGGAGGGUCAACUGCCUCCCCUUCACUUUAUUAUGGGGUUUGUCCAGUCUGGGAUGACAUAUUGUCCAGGAAUGACAAAGUACAUGUAUAUUUGGAUAAGAAGGAAGCUCUUCAAGCUGUAAAGUUGAUGAAAGGAUCUCGUUUCAAAGCUUUCACAAACAGGGAAGAUGCAGAAAAGUUUGCCAGAGGGAUUUGUGACUACUUCCCUUCACCAAGCAAGUCGGCUGCUUGUGUAUCUCCAUUGAAAGCCAAUAUGAUGUAUAGCAGAGAUGGCACAAGUUCUCUGGAAGUAGAAAGCACCAAUAGGGAGAGAGCCAACAGUUUCAAAAGUCCACGCUCUCAGGACUUAACAUCCAAGCUACGGAAGGCUGUUGAAAAAGGAGACAAGGCCAUCUUUCUUGAUCUUGUGUGGAGUAAUCCACGUUACCUAAUUGGAUCUGGGGACAACCCUACAGUUCUGCAGGAAGGAUGUCGAUAUAAUGCUAUGCAUGUCGUUGCUAAAGAAAAUCAGCCUCAAAUUUGCCAACUUCUACUGGACACAUUGGAAAACCCUGAGUUUAUGCUGCUGAUGUAUCCAGAUGAUAAUGAAGUUAUGCUGCAAAAACGAAUCAAAUACAUAGUUGACCUUUAUCUCAAUACACCAGAUAAAAUGGGUUUUGACACCCCAUUACAUUUUGCCUGUAAGUUUGGACAUGCUGAGGUGGUUAAUGUUCUAUGCUCACAUCCUGACAUCAGCAAGGUUUCGAAGAACAAGUGUGGCCAAACUCCUAUGGAGGUUAUCUGUGAAAGGAGUAAAAAUAAAUCUGAAGAACUAAAGGAAAAGAUCCGAGAGUAUUUGCAAGAUCGAUAUUAUGUACCAUUGCUAAGAGAUACUGACAACUCCUGCCCACCUGUAAUUGGUUCUCCCUGGUCACCUGAUCAGUCAUCUGACCAGCAUUGUACAUCUUUAUCCAGGCACACUGGGAAUCCCAAGGAUCCGGUUAUGGAAGUUAGAGCAUUUGCAGGACCUAUGCCUCCAUCCAAGGCAGAGGAAUUUCGGAGAGUAUGGAAAACUCCAUCUCGAGAGAGAGCAAGUGAAUUUAAAAAGGCAGAUGCUGAGCGAGGCUAUGAGAGAGUUGGAAGGGAUUUAGCCCAUGAAAUGGGACAUCCAUGGGCUGAAUACUGGGAAUUUCUUGGCUGUUUUAUUGAUCUUGCGGCACCGGAGGGAAUUCAAAAAAUAGAAGACUAUCUGAGUAAAAAAGCUGAACAGGAAGGUGGAGACAUUUAUAUCUGCAAUAGAUUCAGAAGUCCUCCACCAAUUGGUAAAACUAAUAAGUACUGCAGCUCAAUCUCUGGUACUUUUUUGGAUGAUGACCUUAGUUUAGAAGAAUUAAAAAAUAGACAAAAUGCUGCACUGAAAGUCAGCAUGUCAGUGGUUAAAUCUGGAACCAGCUCUGGUGCCAUUGAAGGAAAUGGAUGCCAUAUACUUCCUGUGCAGCGCUCAACAGACAUUAUUGAUUCUACAAACAAUCUAAAUAAACCUGACAUGGCGAUCUCAGCCAAUUUAAAUGGGGUCUGUUCACCUGUUGGUACUGAAAAUCCUAGAGGGCAAUGUUCUCGUUCAUUUACCAUGUCUGGAUCAAAAGAUAUCCUUUCUCCUGUUUCUAACCUCAUGGCUGAAUUUGAAAAACUUUCACUCUACGAUGAUGAAGAGAGAAAUUUGCUUUCAGCGAUGAAUGAAGUAACUGGAGAGUUCAUGGGCAGUAAUGUGUCAGGAUUGGUAGCUCAAGAAAAAAACUCUGUCUAUGACCAGGAUGUUCACUGUAGUAAGAGUGAUCUAAUUGAGAGUGAUGGGGUGACUGAAAAAGAAACCAAGAACGAGAAUCUGUUACUCACUCCCGACCCGAAGCAGUCUGUGAUAGAAGAUGGUGAAAUCUCAGAUUUAUUGUCAAUAUGCACAUCGAAGGUAGCAACUUUACAGCUCAAAAAUCAGAAGAACUAUGCACACAGUGGCAGCCAGGCCUAUAGGACAGAGAGUUCUCCUACUUUGGAGAGGGAGGUUUUUGUACAUUCUUCAACACAGGAAUCCAGUGGAUCUCAAGACCAAUUGAACUCGAGGACCACUAUGCAUUUGGAGAAUAUCACCGGCAGAUCCCCAGAAGACAUGCAGCACCUUCUUCCCAAGCACACCCCAGGGUCUUUAAGAAGAGGAUCCUCCAAGGGGAUAUUUCUGGUUGGAGAUGGACCAACGAAGCUUGACAGUGAUGUUUUAGCUGCAUUAAAUGGUGUUGAUAUUGAUCCUCAGAUGUUCCCAUGCUUAAGUCAGUGGAAGAGCAGAAUGCAGUUCUACUCUCCGUCAGAAAUGCAGAGGUGGGUUUUGAAAGCAAAGAAAACCUCACACACUGAGUUGGAGGAAGAUCUUAUUACGUUGGCCAAGCCCUGCUAUACUAAAAGGGAGACCAAAAAUGCAGUCCAUUGCCCAGAGUUCUCCAUGCAGCCCUGGUCUCUCCAUUCAUGGGAGAUCUAGUCCACUGUGCCACAGUCCAGGAAAGUUUGGGAGUUCUCCUUACUCCGAGUUUGGAAGCCCAGGGCGAUAUAGUCCAGCCUAUGCCAGCCAUAUCCAGGUGUUGCGACUUCUGCACUUAUCUGAAUCAUCUGAGCUCUAACAUUUGCUGUUGUGAAACCAUUAUGUUGGCCCAUUUUAGAGGAGGAACCAAUUCUAUAUUUUAAAAAAAAAGGUAGUUUCCUAAAUAUGUCUAAAAUGUACAAUGGCUGUUUCAUUGUUAAUGUAUUCUUUGAUUCUUUCGGUGUAAAUCAGUUUUCAUUGCAGUCCCUUAUUGCUUGCUGUAUUAUUCCAAGUUCCCCGUUCCCUGUUUCUCUAAUGAAUGUUAACCCUGAUUUUUCUACCAUCCCUUCAUCCAAAUGUGAAUACGUUACAACUUCUUUUAUGCCAUGCUGUAAUAAAAUGUUCCCUAUUUGAACUUUCCCGAAAAUAGGAAUAGGAGAAAAAGUAAUUUAACUUUUCUGAGGACUUCAUGACCAAGGCAGCUCUGAAGAUUGAACAGGAUCUUGGUCUAGGCUGAUGAUGUUAGUAACACUCCCAAUUAUGUAUUUUUUUUUCCAAUUUAAUUUCUGUGAAAUUUCUGUAAGAUUCCACUUAUUUUGGGUGGGGGGGGGCAGUGGGUGUUGGAUUGAAGUGAUGCAGAGGGAGAAUAAAUUAACUUGGCUUUGUUUGUUAUUGCUGGGAAAUACAUCUGUGGGUAUGUUACUGUACAUUAUACUGCAUUGAACUGAAAUGUGCUACAGAAAGCAAGUUACUAUAACUGAUGUGUAAAAAGGCAGAAAACUUCUGUGUUAAACAUGUGAAGAGAGAAAAUAAGGUACUGAUGUACAGCAAUGAAUCAGUCUCCCUGACACCUUGUUUGCAUUGGUCAUUAAGUAUUCUCAGAAUUGUAUUAAAAAUUGUUGCAAGAAGAUUACAUCUGUGACUUUUGCAAGCUUUUUAGUGCCUUUUUUAAAAGUACUUUUUAAUUGAGCUAUGGACUAGUAUUACUGUUGCCUUUAAUGUAAUUAAAUGCAGCAUGUAGGUACGGGAUGACUGGAUAAUUUCUAGAGACCAUCUACUGUUCAGCCCCACAUUGUUAUAGCACAGAUUCCUAGGACACAAUGCUAACCUGAAAGCACUUUUCUUGUCCUCAUAUAAAGUGGUUUUACACUGUUGCUCCUGCACCCAUAAGUGGCAGUAGAUUGGUCCUCUGGAAUAUAUGAAAAUGUCUGACCUUAUUGCCUCUGACCUUUCAGACUGCCCUCUGGGAUGUAGCAUGUAUUUAUGGUACAUUUCUUACUGUGUAAAUGUGAAAUGAUGACUGGAGAAAAAAAUAAAGAAAAAUGCAUAAAAUUAAA